CCAGGCCUGGCCGAGCCGGGUGCCCCGGCGGGAGCACCCCGCCGCCCAGUGAGCGCCUGGGCGGCGCGGCCCGGGCCGAGCCAGCCACGCUGAGCCCAAGGAGGACGGGGUCCAGGUGCCUGAAAUGCCGUCUCCGCCACUGAAGAAGCGCUGGGAGUCCAUGGCCAAGGGACUGAUGCUGGGCGCCCUGUUCACCAGCUUCGUGCUGCUGUUGUACUCCUAUGCUGUGCCCCCGCUGCACGCCGGCCUCACCUCCACCAGGGCCCCGGAGGCCACAGCGCCCUGCUCCCCCACCAUGGCAGAACCAGAGGUGGUGACCGGGAUGAACAGCUCUGCGGGGGAGUGCCAGCCCCGGCGUGACAUCGUGUUCAUGAAGACGCACAAGACGGCCAGCAGCACGCUGCUCAACAUCCUGUUCCGCUUCGGCCAGAAACACGGGCUCAAGUUCGCCUUCCCCAACGGCCGCAACGACUUCGACUACCCAGCCUUCUUCGCCCGCAGCCUGGUGCAGGACUACCGGCCCGGCGCCUGCUUCAACAUCAUCUGCAACCACAUGCGCUUCCACUACGACGAGGUGCGCGGCCUGGUGCCGCCCAACGCCACCUUCAUCACGGUGCUCCGCGACCCCGCCCGCCUCUUCGAGUCCUCCUUCCACUACUUCGGGUCCGUGGUGCCCCUCACGUGGAAGCUCACGAGCCGCGACAAGCUGGCCGAGUUCCUGCAGGACCCCGAUCGCUACUACGACCCCAACGGCUACAACGCCCACUACCUCCACAACCUGCUCUUCUUCGACCUGGGCUACGACAGCGGCCUGGACCCCGGCAGCCCGCAGGUGCAGGAGCACAUCCUGGAGGUGGAGCGCCGCUUCCACCUGGUGCUCCUGCAGGAGUACUUCGACGAGUCGCUGGUGCUGCUGAGGGACCUGCUGUGCUGGGAGCUGGAGGACGUGCUCUACUUCAAGCUCAACGCCCGGCGCGACUCGCCGGUGCCGCGGCUGUCGGGGGAGCUGUACCAGCGCGCCACAGCCUGGAACAUGCUGGAUUCCCGCCUCUACCAUCACUUCAACGCCAGCUUCUGGAGCAAGGUGGAGGCCUUCGGGCGCGAGCGCAUGGCCCGCGAGGUGGCCACCCUGCGGCGCGCCAAUGAGCGCAUGCGCCGCAUCUGCAUCGACGGGGGCCACGCGGUGGGUGCUGAGGCCAUUCAGGACUCGGCCAUGCAGCCCUGGCAGCCGCUGGGCACCAAGUCCAUCCUGGGCUACAACCUCAAGAAGAGCAUCGGGCAGAGGCACGCCCAGCUCUGCCGUCGCAUGCUCACACCCGAGAUCCAGUACCUGACCGAUCUCGGUGUCAAUCUGUGGGUCACCAAGUUCUGGAAGUUCAUUCGGGAUUUUCUGAGGUGGUGACACACCUUGGCCCAGCGGCCCACCUGCCUGCUCACUGCAGAGGGGCUGAGUGGGGACCCGCUGGUCCUGGCCUCCCCUGGCCUCUCCUGGUGCCACCUCGGCUUCCCGGGGUGUGGUGGGGCUAUCCCGGGGAUGUGCUGGCCUGGACUGGGCCCAGGCACACACAGAGAGGGCCUAACCGAGAUCAGUAUUUGACUAAUUAUACCAUUUUUUAUUAAACCCUCCCUCCGUCCAAAAAAAAAGAAAGUUCUAUUCCCUGCCUCCCCUUAUAGGGGACAGCUCAAAAAUA